AUGUCUCUCAUUUGUGAGCCCCACCAACUCCUCCUGCCGGAAUCUCACCUACUUGUUGCUGCCAACCGAUACCGCCAUGAAUCCAGACUCAACAAUCGAGACGGGGUCACGCUCGUUAUUGCGCACUGCAGCAGCGGCCACAAGGAACAAUGGUUGCCUACCCUCACUAUGUUGUUUGACCUCUGCUUCAAAUCUACUGCCCUUCAACCUGGCUGGCGCGUGCGGGAAGCCUGGGCACUGGAUGCACCUAACCACGGUGAUUCUGCCCUAUUGAAUAGAGCAAUUCUCUGUGGGCAUCAGCCGCUAUCUAUUCAAGACUAUGCCAGCAUGCUCGGCUACUUUGUGAGGUCUGAAUUUGUGAAGGGACACAGCAUUGUGGCGGUUGGUCACUCUGCGAGUACUUCCGCUUGGACCCUGGUGUGCGGCGGAAAUGAUCCACCCUCCCUUCGUGCUCUCAUACUCGUGGAACCGGUCAUGUUGCCGCCCCCGAUCAGCGAGGAAUCUCUUAAGAAGGGAGACACCAACACUGCUGGAGUGCUUGCUCGUCGAGAGUUCUGGGAAGACUUCGCCACUCUACGGACCUGGUUGCUUAAGAGAUACCCUUGGAAGAUAUGGGACCCACGGGUGCUUGAACUCUAUCUGAAGUACGGUUUUGUCGAGGACACUGAUCCCAAGACCGGCAAGAUGGGAGUCACACCCAAGUCUCGUAAUGCCCAGGAGGUGGGCUACUACUAUGCGAACGACCAUAUUGUCGCAGGAAAGUUGAUCAGUAAGAUGUGCGCUCGGUACCCUGUCCAUGCUGUUUUUAGCGAGCGUCCGGAGCUGGUCUCCUUGGCAGCUCGCGAGGGGAUAUGCGAUGUCUCGGAAGGCCGUGUGAUGGCUUCCAUCUCAGUUGUCCCAAACUGCGGCCACUUGGCAUUACAAGAGAACCCUGACGGUGUCGCUCAAGUGAUAUACUCCAUUUUUUGCGCUUCAUCUGAGAAGGAUAGCAAUGAACAACGCCCUGCAGCGCGUCUUUGAGCGUGGCUUUUUUUACGAGCUACCCUACCCCGUUCGUGUGUAUCAUUCGUAAUACUGCGCAUGUGAGCAUCACCGUAUGAACUCCGUCGCUGAUCUUUCUUUUUUCAUGUCCGCAUUUGUCCAAAGGAGACUAAACGAUGAAUAGAGCACAGUCGAUAUCCCAAGUGAUCUAAGAGCCGUACAUAUAUAUAUACGCUACCCCCCACGAGGCGCCUCAUGUCGGCCGCCUCCGAUGGGAC